AUGGAAGCAAUCUCAGAAAGUGUAUUCACAGACACAACAUCCUCAGCAGAGAUAGCAAGUGAUGAUCCUUCAUUACUCACUGUCAUCCUUGACAUUAGUCCAAUAGGAUGGUAUAAUAUACGACACCUAAUUACCAUCCAAGAAAUAACCAAAUCAUUAUUAGUCUUCUUAAAUGCCCACCUAUCCCUCAACAACUCCAACCAAGUCGCAUUCAUAGCCCUGGCCCCAUCAGGGUCAAGAUUCUUAUAUCCCAAUCCUGCUAAAAACUAUCAAGAAGUCAAGAAUCAUCAUAAAAAUGGUACUGGAACAGGAAAUGAUGAAAAAUUACAUACAUAUGUGAAUAAAGGAAUGUAUCGACAAUUUAGAAUUGUAGAUAAUUCAGUCUUGGAAGAAUUAGAUGCAUUUUUAGAAGAAAUAAAUAAUAAUAUCGAUGCUAAUAAAUCUACUGAGUCUAAAUUAUCAGGAGCAUUAAGUAUGGCAUUAACUUAUACUAAUCGAAUGUUAAAACUUGAUCAAUCAAUUUCAACCACUACAGCAUCCGCAAUCUCAUCAACUACAAGUAUAAACACCGGCGGUUCAUCCUCAACCACUUCCGGAGGUGGUGGCAGUUCCACCUCUGGAUCAAGCGCAUCCACAUCCAUCACAUCCAUGAAAUCACGGAUCUUGAUUGUCUCAGCCAAUGAUGAUGACGAUAUAAAAUAUAUCCCAAUCAUGAAUUCAAUCUUUGCUGCCCAAAAGAUGAAACUAUCAAUCGAUAUCGCCAAACUCGGCCCCCAUAAUUCUUCAUUCCUUCAACAACCUUCCGACGCCACUAAUGGGAUUUAUUUACAUAUCCAAGAUCCUCGUGGGAUAAUUCAGAUUUUGUCAACGGCAUACUUUAUAGAACCGAAUCUUAGACCAUUCAUUAUCCUUCCUACGAAUUCAAAUGUAAAUUAUCGUGCUAGUUGUUUCAUAACUGGAAAAGCCGUAGAUGUGGGAUAUGUAUGUUCAGUAUGUUUAUGUAUUAUGAGUGUCUUGCCUGAGAGUGGAUAUUGUCCCGCUUGUAAUUCUGAAUUUGAUAAGAAGAUUAUUCAACUGUUGAAUAGAGAACCGGUGGUGUUGAGUAAUAAGAAGAAACGAAAAUUGGAUAUAAGUAAGAAUGGAAGUUAG